AUGGAUGAUGCUACAGUCUUAAGAAAACACGGUUAUGUUUUGGGUAGACGUUUAGGUGAAGGAUCUUACGGCAAAGUGAAGUCUGCAUACUCUGAGCAACUCAAAACAGAUGUAGCAGUGAAGAUAAUAGAUAAAAAGAAAGUAUCUGUUAAAGUUUUGAAGAAAUUCCUUCCAAGAGAACUUGAGAUAUUGAGGGUAGUGAAUCAUAAAAAUAUUGUGAAGACUUACAGGACGUUUGUGAAUUCAAAUGGAAAGAUUUACAUUGUAAUGGAGCUUGCGAUUCAUGGGAAUUUAAGAGAGUAUAUUAAAUUCACAGGGUCACUAUUAGAAAAUGUAGCCCAAAAAAUGUUUCAUCAGUUAACAAUGGCCAUAAAGUACUGCCAUGACAUUAACAUUGUACACAGAGACCUGAAGUGUGAAAACCUUCUUUUAGACAUUAAUUACAACAUCAAGCUAUCAGACUUUGGGCUUUCAAGGUACUGUGUUUGUGAUGAGAAAGGGACUGCCUUCCUGUGUGAAACAUUUUGUGGUACCGCUUCUUACACAGCACCAGAAGUGUUACAACAUAUACCUUACCAACCGAAGACCUCUGACAUCUGGAGCAUGGGAAUUAUUCUUUUUGUUAUGGUCUGCGGCUAUAAACCAUACGAUGCUUCAAACAUCAGACAGAUGAUACGUGCUCAGAAGGCACACAACAUAUUCUUUCCAGGUCAUAAAUGUUUGACUCCAGAGUGUAAAGAGUUAGUCUUCUGUAUACUUCACCCAGAUGCGAUGAAACGGCUAACUGUUGAGGAGAUCCUGUCUCACCCUUGGAUGCAGCCUACAAAGCCUGAAGGUACAGGUGACAAAAAUAAAGAUGGUGAAUGCUGUCAAACAGAGCCCCUGCAGAAGGAGCAACCAAAAACUACUUCAAGAUUAGACACCAAGAAUGCACCUCAGUCACAAGAUAAAGCUGAAGGAGAAAAGAUUGAAGCAAAGUCAGAAGCAGCUCAUGUCAGGGCUGAUGCAGAAGAAAUUACGGAAGGAAGAAGAGGCACAAUUUAA